AUGUGGUGUGAAAUAGUGUCCCUUCUCGGCUCCCUGGGAAGCGCUCUCGUGUCCUACUUUGAUUCGAGGAAGAAAAGAAAAGUGGCGGAAAUUUAUCAGGCUCUGAACAGCGACCCCAUCGACGUGGCAGCGCUCAGGCGGAUGGCGAUCAGCGAGGGGGGACUCUUGACGGAUGAGAUUCGUUGCAAAGUGUGGCCCAAGCUGCUAAGUGUUAAUACAGAUGACCUGCCCCCUCUUCCAGGAAAGGAGCUGCGAGAGGACAAUAAAGAUUACCAGCAAGUCUUACUGGACGUGCGGCGAUCCCUGCGCCGUUUCCCACCAGGGAUGCCAGAUGACCAGAGGGAAGGCUUGCAGGAGGAGCUCAUUGAUAUUAUCCUCCACGUCCUCAAGCGCAACCCCCAGCUGCACUACUACCAGGGCUACCAUGACAUCGUGGUCACCUUCCUCCUGGUGGUGGGGGACAGACUGGCCACAGCUCUGGUGGAAAAGCUCUCCACGCAUCAUCUCAGGGAUUUUAUGGACCCAACGAUGGAUAAUACCAAGCACAUUUUGAAUUACCUGAUGCCCAUCAUAGACCAGGUGAACCCUGAGGUGCAUGACUUCAUGCAGAGUGCGGAGGUGGGAACCAUCUUUGCUCUCAGCUGGCUGAUCACCUGGUUCGGGCACGUUUUGUCUGACUUCAGGCACGUUGUGCGAUUAUAUGACUUCUUCCUGGCUUGUCAUCCACUGAUGCCCAUUUAUUUUGCUGCUGUGAUCGUGCUGCACCGGGAGCAGGAAGUUCUGGACUGCGAGUGCGACAUGGCGUCUGUCCACCACCUCCUGUCCCAGAUCCCCCAGGACCUUCCUUACGAGACUCUGAUCAGCAAAGCUGGGGACCUUUUUGUCCAGUUCCCACCAUCUGAACUUGCCAGGGAGGCAGCUCAGCAGCAGGCUGAACGAACUGCGGCUUCCACUUUUAAGGACUUUGAGUUGGCGUCAGUGCAGCAGAGACCAGACACUGUGUUGAGGCAGCGCUUCAGGGAGCGGCCCCGAGGGGAGGAACGGACAAAAUCCAUCUUGACAAAGCCAAGGACCAACCGCUUUGUCAAGCUGGCGGUGAUGGGGCUGACGGUCGCGCUGGGAGCAGCUGCCCUGGCCGUGGUGAAGAGCGCCCUGGAGUGGGCACCCAAGUUUGAACUGCAGAUUUUUCCCUGAAGCCAGAGGAAGGGCCUUCCCUGUCACCGCUGUCCUUCCCCGGCGGGAAGGAGUGAUUUUUUUUGAUGAAAGGACAUGUCCGGAAACAAUCUCUCUGAAGAUUAUUUUCUAUUCUUGCUGCGUCCUGUGACGCCUUUGGCCUUUGCGACAGAGACUGAUGGGAACCAGCCCAACAGGAUUGUUCCCCACAUCGAUGCUCACCUUGUUCUCUCCUCCCUGUGCAGGGGUGAGCAAACGGGCCACCAUCUCGUGAGGAACUGGAGGUAUGGACGAGUCAGGCUCCUCAGACUACGCUCAGGUGACUGUACGAGUGGAGAGCUGUGCAUGGGCUAUGCUGAAACGAUCCCGUGUUCUCUCUUAGGGUUAAUUAGCGUGAGCGAGGACAAAUCCUCACCUGGAGGAGGGUGUCACAGCAGGGUUUGGCCUGGGUGCAUGUGUGUGUGUGUGGGCGAGGGGCUGUUACACUCCUGAGGGGCAGGGGAGCCCUCUGGCUCUGAGUCGCUCCUGUCUGCAGGCUGCCAGCACACCCUGCCAUCUGCUUUCAGCUUCACUGGUGGCCCAACCCUUCCCUUUCCUGUAGGCAACCUCUGAGUAGAGCCAAACCUAUCACAAACCCCUGCCAGCGCCCUGCCAUGAGGUUGCUUCCAGCCUGUAAUACUCCCUGACUCCUUUUGCUUCCUCAUCCUUGCAGCCUGAUCUGUUUAUGGGAGAAGGGCAGGGGACAGGAGCAGACCCCUGGGACUACCAGAGGGAGCUUAGCUCUCGGUCACUGGGGCUCCUUCGGUGGCAGUAGCACGAUUGUAUCUUAGGUCAGUGAGGUGAAAGACAAGUGUUGCUUGCUCUGCCCGAGGUAUGUGCUGUCACGUGCCAGAGUGCGUCACCACGAGAGUUAGUGGCACCAGAAACACCUCUAGCAGACUUUUUACAUUCCUGGAAGCAGGCUCUGAAGCAGAGGAAGGCUUUUUCCACCUUGAGAAACAGUCUGCACAGCACAGAAGUCAUUGUGGUAGGAAAUCUGUCUUAUAUCUCCCCCAUGAGCCCAUCAACCUUCAGUGUCAUCCCUUGGAAUAACCCAAGUGAGGGAGUUUCCCAGAAAGGCCACCCCCCACCCCUGCAUAGCUCCCAUUUCCCCACCCAGUCCCCUUAACAGUCCCAAUGCUCCCUGCCCUCCAAGCUAAGCAGCAAAUCCUUCCAGACAACUCGGUGUCUCCCUGAGACAAAGCCAAUAGACACUAUAUGCCUCUACCUCUCCCCUGAGCUGCUAAACCUCCCGCAAGUGCCCUUACCUGUCCCUUAACAGCUCCUGCCCCGCUCCCCCGCUGUUGCUGUGUUGUGCCCAAAGCCAUCUGUGCCAUGCCCAGGGGCUGCACACCUGAAAGUUGGGUGUUGGUUGAAGAGUUAGGGAUUUCAGGAUAGAGAAGAAAACUCGUGCCCUGCAAAGCUCAGCCCCCUCCUGUCCCAACCCCCUGCUUGGCAAUUCUUAACCGCCUUUUGGGUAAGUUCUAGGUUGCCCCAUGGUGCCCUCAGUCUUGGAGAAGCCUUUUUGACCACUGGGCUGGCCAGAGGACAUGUGGGCAGUUGUCACGCCUGACCAUAUGGAAACCAGUGUUUCCAUAACGCUCUGAGCAGAGGAGUUUCCUUUGCCUCUGCAGGCUGAAAGCCGGAGUGUGGGAAUGUGCUCGGCAGGGCAGUGAGACCUGUUCCCUCUGCUCCUCGCUGGUGCCAGCAGCUGGCUCCACGCCACUGGUGAGACCCGGGGGCUUGCUCAGGGGCCUCCUCUCCCAGCGUGGUUGAAGGCAGAAUCAGUUUCUGGGCCCUCAGUGCCUCCCCGGGGCAGCAGCAGCGUUGGACGAAGGGCUGGGUGACUUAGCACUUUAGAAACUUGUGGUGCAGGAGAGUCUGUGGUGGCUGCGGUGACCUGGGGCUGCUGCUGGAGGUCCUGGGGACCCCUCUGUACACUCCCCCACUGCCCUGAAGGAGGGGAUGGCUGGAGCCCCCACCCCGAGGGGAAACCCCUGUGGACCCCCAACUCUCUGGCCAUGAUGCACUUUAGUUCCUGUGUUGUCCCCGGGGGAGGAAGGUCCUGGGAGGAGGUGGUCGCUGUGGGUGCUUCAGUUACUCUGUACAAAGACUUAUACAUACCCGUGUAAAUGCAGAUUUGUACAAACCCUAUAACUGUAAAAUAAACAGUUACUUAACACA